AUGCAGCAACAAGCGAAAGAAGAAUCCAGCUACGAAACGAAUCACGGCGUUGGUAGAAACACCUCUACGGACCAAAGGAAAGAAAAGCUCCUUGUGAAACUCUGCCAUGCUGAGCAGAUCCUCCAAGCUCUGGACUCCUAUCGGCAGGAGGGCAUCUUCACUGACGUGGUGCUCGCGAUGGACGGACAGGAGUUUCCUUGCCACCGCGCCACCUUAUCUGCCAAUAGUGCUUAUUUUCGGGCCAUGUUUGCCGGUGGUUUGAGGGAAGGCCGCCAAAGUGUCGUCAACCUCCAGAAGAUCUCUGCAUCCACCAUGGGCCUUGUCUUGGACCACAUGUAUGGGAGGAACGUGGUCAUCUGUGAAGACAAUGUGGAAGGGCUGUUGGAGCUGUCCAGCCUGCUUCAAAUCUCCACACUCCAGGCAGCCUGUAUGGACUUCUUGGAAGAUCAACUCCACCCUUCCAACUGUUUGGGCAUCAAGAAGUUUGCUGAUACUUUCUCCAUCCCGUUCCUGGUAGAGAAGAGCAAGAGGUUGAUACUGGACGGCUUUGUGGAAGUGUCCCGCCAUGAGGAAUUCCUGGAUUUGGAGGCUGGGGAGCUUGCCGAGUUCCUGGCGGACGAGCAGUUGGCUGUUCUGAAAGAAGAAGUGGUCUUCGAGGCAGCCAUGAGAUGGGUGCGCCAUGACGCGACCACCCGGAAAGGGGCAUUGAGGGAUCUGCUGGAGCAUGUGCGUCUCCCUCUGUUGGACCCCUGCUACUUUGUGGAGAAGGUGGAGACGGAUGAACUCAUCCGGGAGUCUAAGGAGUGUCUUCCUUUGCUACGAGAAGCCCGCAAGGGUUACCUUCUAGGCACCGAAGUCGGCUCUCCGUGGUCUAGACCAAGAAGAUUCAUGGAAUUAGCAGAGAUGAUAGUGGUGAUUGGAGGCUGCGAUAAAAAGGGUCUUUUGAAACUCCCCUUCGUGGAGAUGUUCCAUCCGGCGAGUGGGCAGUGGAAGCCCCUCUCUACCAUGCCAGGAUACACCAAAUCGGAGUUUGCCGCCUGCACUCUGAAGAACGACGUGUACGUAUCAGGAGGACACGUCAGCAGCAACGACGUCUGGCGGCUGAGCCCGAAGCUGAAUGCCUGGCUCAAGGUUGCCUGCUUGAAGAAAAGCCGGUGGAGGCACAGAAUGGCCGCUCUCCAGGGAAAGAUCUACGCAGUGGGUGGAUAUGACGGCUUUGACCGGCUGGCUAGCGUGGAAUGCUACGACUCCUUCUGCAACAUCUGGACAGAUGUGGCCCCUCUGGUGGAAGCCAUCAGUUCGGCGGCUGUUGCUUCUUGCCUGGGUCAUCUGUACGUGAUUGGGGGCGCGGUGGAUGAUAGCGCCAAUACAGAUAAGGUGCAGCGCUAUGAUCCAGUGACCAACCAGUGGAGUCUUCGGUCUCCCGCCCCUUUUAAUCAAAGGUGUCUCAAUGCUGUCACAUUGAAUAACUUGAUUUAUGUUGUCGGGGGGCUUCUGAAUACAGUCUUCUGCUACGACCCCCAGAAGGACACCUGGAGUGAAGUGGCAUCUCUCCCUGGGCCUCUGGAGAGCUGUGGGGUCGCCGUGUGUGCUGGUAAGGUCUACAUCCUUGGGGGCAGAGAUGAGAACGGAGAAGGCACUGAGAAAGUCUUUGUUUUCGACGUAGAUAAGGGGAAAGUGGAACCGCAGCUGCCCCUCCAGCGCUGUACCAGUUACCACGGCUGCGUGACCAUCCUCCGACAUAUGACCAGAUGA